ACAUAAAAAGAACAAUAGUGCAAUUCUGAUAAUAAAAAAAAUUCCACAAUCCGCAAAAAUAAUUACUAAAAAACAAACAGAAAAUCAAAAUUUAAAAAAAAAAAAAAGUGGAAGAUUUUGAGUAGAUCUUUUAGGGGAAUAGGGGGGUGGGUCCCAACUAAGAAAGAGACACGUGGCAUUCAUGCGAGUGGUAGUGAUAUUGAUCAUAGGAGAGAGGAGAGGUAAGGAAAGAUGGGGGAGGCACAUGGGCGGUGUUUGGUUCAAGAAAACCAUGUGAUCACAUGUGCUUUCCGUGGGUCCCCUUUUUUCUUUUUUUUUUUCUUUUCUAUGGACCUAUCCGCAGGUGAUCCCAGACAAUCCGUUUGAUCGCCACUCGCUUCCGACUGCGUUUGGGGAUUCCCGUCAAUGUUUUCUUUUAUAUUUCCAGACAGCUUUCCACUCGCUGCAUGUGCCCUGUUGUACAUUUUGCCUGCUCUUAACCCCUUCACCAUGGCACAUGCAAAGCACUACACGACAAAUCCAGUCACGCGCUUUUGCACAGAGCGUGAAUUUCACCGCUCAGCUCAUACGAAAAAGAAAAAGAAAAACGCCGUACGCUUGGGGAACCCCGAUAACCCCGUGGGGCCUCAAUUGCCUUGGCUGGCAUUGGCAAAAUCUCUGAAUAUAACACCCCCCCUCUCAUCUCAUGCACACCCAAAACUCAGCUCCUUUCCUUUUGCUUUGCUUUGCCCCCUCUGUUAAUGGAGAUCAAUGCCGUAAACCAGACAAAUACACCCACUUUUUACAGCAAAACCCAGCAAAACCCUUUGAUGGGAAGUGCAUUGCAUGAAGCUUUUCCCACUUUCCAAACAACCCGGGGCACCACCAGGAAAAGGACAGUCUACUUGAAGUCUCAAAACAAGGAUUCUUUGAGAGAGGAAGAAGAAGAAGAAGAAGAAGGAGAAGACGAUGAUGAUGAUGAUGAUGAGAGGAUAGAAGUAAAAAGAAAGAUUGUGGCAUUGCAAAGGAUAGUUCCAGGAGGUGAAGCAUUAGGGGUGGAUAAGCUGUUUGAAGAAACUGCUGGGUAUAUAUUAGCUUUGCAGGGUCAAAUUAGGGCCAUGAGAGUUCUUACAAGCUUUAUUGAAGGCAUGGAUAAACAGAAAAGGAAGCUUGGAGGUUGAUCAAUUCAAGCACACUGGUUGUUUCUCUCAACUGUAAUUUUUUUUUUUUUGUUCUUUUGCCUAGCUAGUUGAUGAAGGAGAGCAUCAUCCCACAUUAUAUUCCCACUUCCCAUCCACUUUGAUUUUUCAUUUUGUUUUGUUUUUUCUUGAUUAUGGUUUACUACCCUUUUUAACUAUUUGAAUAGUUCAAUAUAUAAUGUGGAGAAAAAUCAGAAUUAGAAAUUAUUACUAAA